CUGGAAAAAUUGCGUUGGCGUCAAUUUCUCAACACGUGAUUCUUUUAGCACUCUCGACUAUAAAUACGGUGCACUGUAGCCCACGCAUAUCUUAUCAACUCCACUCUUAGCGUGAUCGAACGAAAUGUCAUCGUGACGUGGAGAUGUUCUUUUUUGGCCUUCUCUUAGUGUACUGCUCACAACUCGUUGCUUGCUUACGUUUCUGUGAUUCUCUGCCGAACUCUUCGUUCCUCCGAAUUAUUGGAGGCUCCGUAGCUAAACGUGAACACCCGUGGCAAGCCGCUCUCGUAUCAUAUGACUUUUCAAACAGCGGUUUGAUAUGUGGUGCGACAGUGCUUGAUGAACAUUGGAUUCUUACUGCUGCCCAUUGUAUUGUAGGUUCUCCAAAGAAGUCCUUCAUUCUUACCGGUCUUACGUCACUUAGUAGCCCAGAACAUAUCCAUCAUGUUGAGAGAUUUGUAGUGCAUCCAGACUACGAUGCUAAGGGAAUAUCCGAUGAUAUAGCGCUUGUUAAGAGUAAAUACUCACUAUAUGACGAUGGAGUAUCGAGUGUAUGCUUGGCUAGAAACGACUUCGAGUUGUUGUCUUCAGCGCAAGGAAUUGUGACAGGAUUUGGACUGCACAUCGUGAGUCAGUCGCUGUUUGGAGUGACGAUGGGUGUCAGCGAUGUUGUUCUGGAGGCUUCAUUGCCAAUCAUUUCGAGGAGCAAGUGUCAGAGGGAAUGGGGCAUGUUGUCUGGAGGUACAAUAAACAUAUCAGAAAAACAAAUAUGUGCAGGGUCGAGAAUGCAUGGAACUGGACCGGGCGAUAGCGGUGGACCUCUGCUAGCUAAAGCUGGAGAUGGAAAAUUAGUGCAAGUUGGGAUUACCUCAUUUGGAGCUGCUGGUUUCCAAGGACUUUUGGAUCAAAACACUUAUCCAGGAGUCUACACUCGUGUUUCGCCAUAUAUUCCAUGGAUAGAGAAGGUUAUAACUUCUGCAUCAUGCCGAUCUACCAUUUUUAUAACAUAUGCACUUAUAAUCGUGUUGCUAGGAAUGGCUGAUUUAUAA